GUGCCGCCAAAUGAGAUGCAGUUACGACCACUGCCCCAGAAUAAUCUGUGAACACAAACUCCUGGUUUAGAAUUCCUGUGUCGGGUUGGCUUACAUUUUGGGAGGAAUCAGGAUGUGUUGCAUUUGUAUGUUACGCCAUACCUACCUGGUUUUGCUGCAGAGGAUGGGCUGGAGCAGGGAAGAUGCUGCACGGUCAGCUCAAACUCCUUUUGAUGCCUCUGACCAAAGUUUGGAGUGGCAGAAGCCAAGGUCGAGUGCUACGUUAGGAUGCUUCUGUUUGGGUUUAUUCCUCACUGUGGCAUGAUUUGGGCAUCUGAGAGUCCUUGAAAAUGGUGAGUAAGAACUGGGAUGAGAUGUCAAAGAAGUUUGCUGCUGUCAAAGGGUGUUACAUGGGCAGAUGCUGCUGGGACACACUCUUCUUCUCUGCCCUGCUUCUGCAAAGCUCCUGCACAAAUGUCUUACUGCCCUGCUGGGGCCAGCUUCCCCGGGAAACAUGGCAGCAGACAGUUGUCACCAUGCGACCCAAGGCUGCUCCAGUGGCCCUGGUGCCGGGUGUAACAUAAAGCCUUCUGUGGCACAGCAGGCAAGGCAGAAAAAGUGCAGUUGCAUCCUGACAGAAAAAGAGGGUCACCUUGGCUUUCCUUCUGCUAUUUCCAUUUUUAAAUAGUCCCAAGAAUUCACAGGUUACAGCUGUUUUCAGCACAACCUGAUUUUAUGGGUCAUAAGUCAAUGAAAUAUGUCAUUAAACCAUUAAAUAGGCUUUAAAAACAUUCAAGCAAAAAAGUCUCGGGCAUAGCAGCUCCCUCUGCUGAGUAAAGCUGCUUCUGUUGUUUCAGAGCAGCUCCCCAUCCCAUCUCUGCCAGCCAGGCCAAGCAGAGGCUGCUGGGGCUGUGGGAGAUGUGACAUUCUGUUGACUGAGUCUCCUUGCAUUUCUUUCUCUUUAGUCACAAAGACAUGGAUUUUAGUCCUUUAGUCUAAACGUCAGCACAUUACAGACUCCUCUCGGAGCUGAAGCCAGGUAGAGGAAGACACCCUCUCUCCAAUCCUGAAGUACUUGUUUGUUCAUCUGUGUAGAUUGGAAGAAAUUAAAUUCCCGGAGAAUUACAGAACUACUGUAGCAAUGUUACAUAAACUAUUGGAUGAACAAUUGAGAGAAUGAAGAAAAAAUAGUGUAAAAUUUACAGUGUAGCCAUAAGAGCCUGCCUCAGACUCGGGCUUUUCACAACUGGCCAAUUAAAGCCAAAAAACUACUUUAAUUCUUUCAUUUUGCUGUUGCAAUGACACAAAGAAGAAGAAGGAGAAUUAAAAAGCUACCAUUUAAAUGUAAAAUAAAGCUCCUUAAAACUUUGUUUUUCAAAUGAAGCUUUUCUAAUGUGGGAAUCACACAUCAUGAGCUGUUACAUUAUUGAUGGACCUCUGCACACUGUAUGACUCUUUCACCUUAGCAGGAAAAAUGAGAAUUAAAAAAACGCUAGCAGUAAAAUACAGCAGAAAAACUGUUGAGAAACUUCUUUCUAUUCAGUUAGUAAAUUAUUUUCUGUUUGUUUUGGUCAUGUUAACCAAACAUAUUUGGUAAGUGCUUUGAUUUUUUUUUUUUUUGCUUUAGUUGGUUUGCAUUUCAUCCUCUAUUCAGUUUGAACUUUAUUAAGGCUAGGAGGAUUUCUUUAUCACUGGUAGAUGAAUGCAUUUUUUCAACUUCAGUUUGUGUGUUGAGUAGUGAAUUUGGAUGGGAUUUCUUUGACAGGAGUAUUUAGGUGUUUGAAUACAUGGGGAAUAAAGUAAAAUUUGAUGCACUGUUGCUGUCAAGUCCUUUAUUCCUGGCAAUUCUGACAGUAAGGAUUAAAACCUGUACUUACUGAUUAGUGUGCAGGAAAAUACAUGGCACUUGUGUUUUCUUUUGACAGGACUUAUGUCAAUCUGGUCAAGCUGACAGAGUUCUUCAGCACCCUCAGCUCUGUGCUGGAAUACCGUGCUGCUGCUGUUGUUGAGGCUGUCAGGGAGAAGGGGCAUUUCACGGUCAACGACAGCAUCCUCUCCAGCAGGGAGCUGCUGCUGCUGCUGCUGCACAACUGGAGCCUUGUCGGCAAAGACCUGCAGCUGCAGGAGGACCUGCAGGCCCUGGCCCAGAAAAACCAAAACAAAGAAUUGCUCAAAAAUACUGGAGACAAGAACAAACCUCAAGCCUUGUCUCAUGCGUAUAGUCACACUCAGAAAAAGAACGAGGUGGAAGAUGACACUGCUGCAAAUGUGGAAGUGUCUGAGCUGGAGAAAUGCAGAGAACAUCUGAAUUCUAUACUUGCCCAUUGGGACCAUGUUUUCCCAGCACCAGCCUCCACACAAGGAGAGGAGACCCUCAGACCCGGUGAACCUGGGGCUGAGGCGGUGGCUGUCACCUGUGCUCCCACUCGCGUAGUCACGAAGUGGCUGCUGAGGUCCCUGGCUGGACAGAGCCUCCUCAGGGAGCAGGACGUGUCACCAGCACUGAGGUGGCUGCGGAACCGCGUCCUACCACACCUGGCAGCCACACAGGAGAUGCUCAGGGAUGAGACACCAAGGAACAACCUCUUCAAGCUUUAAACCCGGCUCUGCCAGGCCAGCAGCACCUCAGCUGGGCUCUCCAGGGAGCUCGGGGUGCUCAGCUCCAUCACGUGCCAGCUUAUGGAGUGUUAUAGAUACAUAUUAUAUUAUUGGCUUUUCACAAAAAUUGAAGUGAAUGUUAAUAAGGUUAGAAAACUUUGUUCUAUUAAUAUAGUUCCUUCUAUUUCUGUUAUUGAUGAAACUUAGAAAUACUGGUAUAA